AUUCAUUUGGGAAAAUUGUUAACUCGAAUCGGAGUUCUGAGAAAAGAUGCUGUCAAUUUUAGCUCUACAUGAAAAUACCCACCUCAUCGAUGGCUGUGUAGAAAUUUUGAAUGAAGAAUGGACGAGGAGCAAAGCAGCAAGGUUGCACUCUAUAACCAAGUCAUGCUCUACAUUACCAUAUUCAUUAGUACUGGUGGAGAAUGAGAGCACAGUGGUUGGAUACUGCAGGUUAGCCAAGGUCAUCAGUGAUGCCAAGAGUGUUCUUGUUGAAUCCGUUGUUGUAGGCAAGAAGCGUAGAGGCCAGGGAUUGGGACGGAGUGUGAUGGAGAUGGCUGAACAACAUGCAGCUAGAGAAGGAUUUCAGAGGGUAUACCUGUGCACCAAGGACAAACAAGGGUUCUAUCAGCAUCUAGGUUACUCCUUCUGCAAGCCUGUGAAUACAGUAGGAGCAAUGAUGCUAGAAACCUGUGACUGUGCACCAGAGACGAACACACCACUACCUGUUGAGGAUCUAGGAACAGAUUGCAAGUCCUGCGACCCUACAUCACAACCAGCCAUCUCACCGAGCAAUAUGGACAUUCAAGAAACCAGAAAUGAGUGCUGUAAUAGGACAGAAACUGUGUGUAGUUCAGAUUCGGUAUGCAAUGGAGCCACAGUGAAAAGGACAGAACAGUCCCCUGGACCUCCACAGGGUGUGGCUCCUCCACCACCACCCCCUCCACCCCCUCCGAUAGCCUUGUCCUCCACCAAACCAGCACUUCGCAUAGAUUGGAUGAUGAAGAAUGUCGUCCAUAUAUCAUAACCAUAGUACCUCAGAUGUCACUUUCUAUAGUUUUUAACUUGUCUUCAUUAUCUUUAAAGAACCAGAGUCUAACCCGUUUCUGCAACCCCCUGUGUAGAAGCCUAGAAGGACCACCUGUCUUAAGGCUACAUCUUUGUUUUCAUUGAAUACCGGUAGUAGUCCUCAUUGAAACACUUAUAAAAGAAAUCUCUUUAUAAAGACCAUCUGCCUAUAACACUGCCUAUUUGUCUCCUGUGAUGGUUUAUUAAAAGAAUUAAUUUGACUGCUAAGAAUGCAUGUGCAUGAUUGUAAGUACAUGUAUGCAACCAAUUGACACAUGAUGUUAAACCUCACCUCGGGGGACUUGGUUAUGAGGAUUAAUGCAGUUCCAUCGACUUGGUUUCUAACCCAGGACCUCACGGUAACGAGACCACUGAUCUACUACUAAACCACCACCACUCUUCUUUGAGCAGUCUUUAUAGUUAGCUUUCACUCUAAUUUACUGUAGACCAGCUAGUAUAUGACUUUAUACCCAUCUGGUUCUCAGGAGAAAAUAAGUGCAUUUACCAAUGUGUGUGUGUGUGUGUGUGUUUUGCAAAACAGUAUUUCUUUACUCUAGAGAGUUUAUUCAUUUGCUACCAUAUGUCAAUGAGUGUGGUUUUCAGUAGUUAAUCUGAUAGCAAUUGUCUUUAUUGUGAUAUCAGUACUUUGUGGUGAAUCUUGCUCUAAUUCUAAGCCAUCUCAGAGAUAACGACAACUGCCUGCUCUAUUAUUAAUACAUAUAUGAUACAUGUAUGUAUCAUAAUGUUUCAACUGAAAUAUUGUCCAUGUAGCUUCAAAUUGUAUAUCUUGGAAUGUUAGGGUGGUCCAAAUCAGUCAAAAUUAUAAUUGCUGAUUGGCCUCUUGUACUAAUUUCAGCAGUAUGAAAGUAAUAGAUAUCUGAAAACAUACACUGUAGAAAAGAUGAUCAAACUUACAUUUUCAUGUUUCUUACUGAUUAUCUUAUGCUGUCAAAGCAUCCAAAUAAUUACCUUAUGUUUAAGACCAUAAUUUUAGUUUCUCCAACUUUGAGCGGUGGAGCAACAUUGGAAUAAAUACAUUUAACCGUAUCGGUAUAUAGUGUACAGUAUAUUUCACAUCACAUGGAACAAUCGCCCAAAAAGUCAACUGAAAAGACUAUUAAAUUGAUAAUAAAGCACUAACUUGACGUUUUAAAAUUUAAAUGAUCGCACAAUAUAUAGUGUAAUUCUAUAUUCUGUAUUCAGUUUGGAUAUAUUUCAAAAGCCACCUAAGCAUUCUUUAAAUAAUGUUAAGUAACAACAAUAUACAUGAAUGAACGAUAUGUGAAUGUAUGAUCUAGAGGUGAAUUUCCCUUUUUUAUUCUAAGUAAAGACGGAAUGAUUGCCCCAGUUCUACAACGUGUACAGUUAUAAAUAUCAGAAUUUUGUCCUAUUUUUUAAUUUUUGAUGAUACAUGUAUAGCAAUGAUUGAAUGAGUACUUCACAUUGUCAUUGCAGUAUUUCUUCCUCUUUUCUAAUUUAAAGUGUAAAUUGUCAAAUAUAGCCAUUUUAAACAAUGUUGAAUGAGACUUUGUUAUUAUGUUCACACGAGUGGAUGACAGAAUUCAGUCGAUUUUACAUAUAUUACUAUGUAUGAGAAAGAUUAUAAUUUAUAUCACGUUAUACAACUCAAUCCUUGCACUGUGUAUAAACGCUUUAUAUAGAGGUAAGCAUUUUUAACGUUCUUGGGGUGUAAUAGUAAGUUUUACUAACAACUAAAAAAAAACAGAUUUGAUACUGUAUGACUCUCCAUAUCAUUGGUGCAUUAACUUGACAAUUAUUGCUAUCAAUCAUUUAUUGUAAAAGAACAUUGUGGGAAAAUUUUUGUAAUGUAAAUUACUAAAGUUAUAUUUUUGCAAUUAUUAUGAUUACGAUUGCAAUGGAAUGUUUGAUUCUAAUUUGUAUUAAAUUUGCUGAAUUUUCAAUAAAAUAUCUUGUUUUCUUCAGAACCUCUACCUGUGCUUUCUUGUAACAUUUUAAACUAUCUAUUGUUUUUUUUGUCUAUGCAUUAAUUCUCCUUUACACACUAUAUUUUAACUAUUUGAAUUUGGCGUUAUCAAAUGGUAUUAAAGAUAAUGCAAAGUUUUGG